AUGGACAGGGCUGGAUAUGGAGCAGUCAUGGCAUGCGACAUGCCGGCUGAGCCCAUGCCAGUUGCACCAGGCUCAAGCCAUUCGCCAGAGCUGCGGCCAGCACGUACGCGAAUGUCUUCCUUCGGGGACGACCAGGACUUGGCAAACGAGCUUCCUCCGAACUGGGAUCUCAGGAGGUUCCAGGACAAGGCGAAGAGCGUCUUGAACGAGUACUUCGUCUCACUAGCUGUGGAAGACACCGUGGCAUCUGCCGUGGAGCUGCUAGCGCUUUGCCCAUCCGAGGCAGAUGAGCUUGGGGUUGUGGCGAUGAAAGCCGCGCUCGACCGGGGAAAGGACGCGCCGUCCGACAUCGUGCGGCUCUUCGAGGGCCUCAGCAGGUCUGCGAGCUUCGACCGCCCUGCUUUGGUCCGGAGCUUCGAAAAGAUCUUCUGCCGGCUGGAGGACCUCAAGAUCGAUGCGCCCAUGGCCGAGAAAGGCAUCCUUGAGAUCUUACAGGGCUGCAUCGCGACCGGCUGCGUAGACAAGAAGCUUCUCUCGAAACUACCGGAGACGCUUCUCCGGGGUGGCUUGGCUGGAGACAAGGUUCCGGUCUCACCAGAGUUCCAUGAGAUGCUGGAGAAGACGGUGCAGGAGCUGAAAUCCUUCAAACACGCAGCUGGGCGGUGCAUCGAGGACCGCUGCCCUCUGAGCCCUCAGCCCUGUGAAUACUUCGUGACCAUGAACGCAGAAGAGGUGGGAACCGUUCUCAAAGAGCUGUCAAUGGCUCCUUACCACCACGAGUUCGUCAAGAAGGCUCCCGGGGCCGAUCGAAGAGCCCUGAAAGCCGACCACACCGGCCUAGAGCCACGCCCUUUUCACCGGGAGGCAAUUACCAUGUCCUUCUCGCAGACGAGCGAGAGUGCUGGAAGGGAGGCGGUCUUGCAGCUUCUCAAUUGGCUCUGCACAGAUGGGGUUCUCUCGAAGAUGCAGCGCUCACCCUGCCCCGUGCAGAAUCGGCGGCAGCUCUCGCAGCCACUUCGGACGACAUCCAGCGCUGAUCUUAGACCUUGCCCUGAGUUGACAGAGAUGUCGUCGGCUGGCAGCGUGGACCCGUGCAGGGAAGAGGUCGUUUUGCAAGGGAGCGAGGCUUCCUGGGCCCCAGAGCCUGCUCUUGAUGCAUCUGGUCAAGUGGACGACCUGAGUUUGGACUACCCGAGAUGCAUCGAAAUGCUGACGGAAGUCAUCAUCAGGCUCCUGGUGGAUGAGCUGGUGAGCGUACCCUUCUUGCGACGCUGCCGCACUGGCCUGAGCCGAGACAUGAAUGAGAUCAAGGCGAUGAUCCUGGAAUACUUUAACUCUGGAGACACGGCCGAGGCUCGAUGGGCGGGUGCAGAGGAGCUAGUCUCGGUUUCCCAGUAG